AUGCUAGAUCUGUAGGGUAUACUUAAAGAAUAUUUAUGUUAUUAAUUUUCAAUAGAGAUUCUGAUCGAUAAGUUGUUUCUGAUACUAUUGGGUUAGUCAAUAAAACGUUAAGAGCUCUUAGAGAAUAACUUUACUAAUGAUAUGCUGUAGGUGAUAAGAAUUGAUUAAUAUGAAAACCAUAGAUUAAUAUUAAUAAUGAAUUAUUACCCUCAUUCCUAUUCACCAAUCCUAAAAUAAAAGCAUCGAUCAAUUGUUCACUAACUCAGAUCGAAAUCAGUUACAGUAGAUGCUAGAAGAAUGUUUGUUCUCUCUUAUCCUCAUUCAAGAAAAUAAAUACAGUCUCCUCUCACUAAAAAUAAUUCUGAACAAUUGAAUUUCUGCAUCAAUGGGAAAGGGUAAAUAGAGUCUUCUAACCCGUUGAAGAGACUGAGAAGGCGAAACAACAAUUCUGAAUAUUAGACAGCUAUAACUUAAUAUGCUGCUAAUUCAUUUACUCAUAGGAACAAGAUAAAUGACCCUGGAGUUGAGUCUCUGUUUUGUAUCAGAAAAUAUGAGUUGUUGAGAAAAAAGAUAAAUUGA